CCAGAGUCCUUCUCCGCAGGGCUCCUCGGGCGGCGGAGCGGGGCCGGGGCAACUGCUAAGUGGCGAAGCAGCUUGGAAGUGACCCGGUGCCGCCAGCUGGCCGAGCGCCCGCCGAGCCCGCAGCUCCUAGAACCCCCCCGGCGGCGCCUUGCCGGGGGGCUGCAGCCUGGAGUCUGGAAGGACCAGACCGGCCCGACGAUCCCCGUCCGCCUGGCCCAGCCGGCUGGCGUUCCCAGGCCUGGGCGGGUUGGCUCAGCUGGGUCCAUUCGCCUUCGGGGGACCGCAGCUUUCGGGGCCCAAAAGCAGCGGGUGUUUCGCAUCGGCAGGAAGAGCAGCGAGACCCCGCCGGGGCUCCCCGCAGGGCGGUCGGACGAGGCGGAACCAGGAGUCCGAGACUAAGAGCCGGGCAGGGGAGGGAGAGCCCGCUGGCGGCAAGGUGGCGAGAUCUGGCAAACGAAGCUGAGCCGGUUUGGUCUGAUGAAGCUUCAGAGCGUCUGACUGGGGCAGAAGGCCAAAGGCCGCGUCUUGGUGUCUGGGGACAUGGACCUGCCCCUUCCAGUUCUCUAUAGAGCUGCGCCAUCUGGAAGCACGUAGGAAGGCAGUGGUGCCCUCAGCCUACCUGCCCACAGCCAUGGAGAACAGCAGCAAGUUCGACAGCCUCACAAACAUCUCUCUGGCCAGCAGUGACGCCGUCUUUGACAUGAUCGAAUACAAAGCCAUCUCUGUCUUCCUGGUGCUGGUGAUCUGUGGGGUGGGGAUCGUGGGCAACGUCAUGGUGGUGCUGGUGGUCCUCACCACCCGGGAGAUGAAGACGCCCACCAACUGCUACCUGGUUAGCCUGGCAGUGGCUGACCUGAUGGUCCUGGUGGCUGCUGGCUUGCCCAACAUCUCCGACAGCCUGGCGGGGACAUGGAUCUAUGGGCACACCGGCUGCCUUGGGAUAACCUACUUCCAGUAUCUGGGCAUCAACGUCUCCUCCUGCUCCAUCACGGCCUUCACCGUGGAGAGGUACAUCGCCAUUUGCCACCCAAUGCGCGCCCACACCAUGUGCACAGUAUCCCGGGCCAAGCGCAUCAUUGCCUUCGUUUGGAUCUGCACCUCCAUCUACUGCAUGCUCUGGUUCUUCCUGGUCGACAUCAAUGUCAACAAGAGCCAGCACCUGGAGUGUGGCUACAAGGUCUCCCGCAACCUCUACCUGCCCAUCUACCUGCUCGACUUUGCCCUCUUCUUUGUCACCCCCUUGGUUGUGGCCACCAUGCUCUACGGGCUGAUCGGGAGAAUCCUCUUCGCCAGCCCCAUCCCCCACCAAGCUGACUCCACCGCCAAGCCCUGGAGGGAGAGGAGCGGGAGGGAGAAGAACGGAGUGGACACACGGGAGAGCAAGCCCAGCAGCCGCUCCAGGACCAGAGGGGCUCUGUCCUCCCGGAAGCAGGUCACCAAGAUGCUGGCGGUGGUGGUGAUCCUUUUCGCCCUGCUCUGGAUGCCCUACCGGACGCUGGUGCUGGUGAACUCCUUCAUGGACAACCCCUUCCUGAACCCGUGGUUCGUCCUCUUCUGCCGGCUCUGCGUCUAUGCCAACAGCGCCAUCAACCCCGUCGUCUACAACCUCAUGUCCCAGAAGUUCCGGGCCGCCUUCAAGCGGCUGUGCAAGUGCGGGGGGGAGCCACCGCCCCCCAGCCUGUACAUGGCCACGGCCAGCUACAGCCUGGCGAGGGAGCCCCUGCCGCCCACCCCCCAGCUCCAGGACCACAAGGAAGACAAACAGCCUCCACCGGUGAGCAACAUGGCUCUCCCCAAGCGGCAGCAGCCACCGCCACGGAGCAAGGGAGAGAACGGGGACGAGCUCUACUUCAGUGUGGUGUAGAUCCCCUCCCACCCGGCUCCAUGGUUCCCCUGUCUCCGUAUACAGACAUGCCCCAUACACAGGGGAGGCUGGGCUCAAAAUCCAGAUCCGUUCUGCAUCAGUGUCCAGCGCUGGCUCUCACAGAGCACACGUGGGUGAGGGAAAGUUCAGGGAGCACAAAGGUGAUCCAGGGGAAUCAAACCAGCCCCCACUUUGUGCGUAGAUGCUCUGACGUGGCUUGGUUCCCACCACUGCAGCCUGGUGGGGAGGCAGCCAGUCCCAGGCAGGGAUCACAGAUCCCGAAAUAGACUCCCUUGUUUUCCCGAGGGUUUGCUAGCAUCUCUUGGAAGGCUGGGGCACUGAGCUCUGAGCUCAUCAGUGGAGCUUGGCUUCCUGUGUCCAGCCUUGGAGGAAGUCCUGACGCUGGAUGGGGAAAAAAAAUCCAUACAACUUCACAACCAAACAGCAGGCAGUUAACAAACCAGCAGCCGUGCUGCAGAGGAGGUAGAUGGGGAAUUUCUGUUCUCCCUGUCUCGUAACAUGGAAACAAGGAGACACUCAAUGAAACUGAAAGGUGGGAAAUUCAAAAUGGAUAAAAGGAAGUCCUUUUUCUCAUGAUGACUGUGGAACUCACUGCCACAUGAAGUCACUGAGGUGAAGAACGUAAGAUUCAAAAAGAGACUGGGUAUGGAUAACAGGAAUAUAAAGAGUUACUACCGUGGGGGUUCCUACACCGUCCUCUGAAGCAUAUGGCAGUGGCCACUGCCAGAGGCAGGCUACCAGACCAAAUGGUCCUGGGGUCUGAUCCAGUCUGGCAAAUCCUGUGUACCACUGAACAGUUUAGCUUACGUGCCCUUUGCAUCAGGGAGGUGUUUCCACCUGGCUCGAAUUAACCAGGCAAGAGGAGUGGGUGUGCAGGGAAGAUGCUGCCUGGCGGGAAGAGCAGUCGGAAUUGGUUCCUCAGCACCAGGUGCCUCUUUAGAGCAUCUUUGGUUGGAUUCGCUCAUGGGCAGAGGUCCCAAUCGCAAGGCAGCAAACAGCCCAGUGUCUGACCAGCCAGGGCUGUGCUCACCAGACACUGUGUCGCAGCCAGCAUCAACGCCCCGGCAAGGCAGCUGCAGGUUUCACGUGGGUCUCAUCGGAGAUCACUGAGCACUGCACAGAAAAGAGAGCGGGGCUCUUGCUGGCUAUUUAACCCUUAGAAUGCUGGCAUUUUCCAGAUCAAUGAAUGCACUAGAGAAUCUCUCCACCCUCUCCUAAAUGAGGGGAAAGCCUCCAGGAGAAACUCCUGCCCCAGAGAGCUAGCAUGAGAUCAAAGGUUGCCGAUGCAGGCAGAGUUGGCUUGGUGGCCCGUUUGUCCAGACAGUCGUGGGGAGCGAAGAGCUGCUUGCAGAGCUCCACCCUCCCUCCUCAGAACAGCUCUUCGGCAAAGGGCCAUCUGAAGGUGAGAACUGGGGUGAGACGAGGGCAGCUAAUGCUGUGAGCGGAGUUUAAGUUGUCCUGGGCCCGCGAGCGGGGAAGACGGAGUAGCUAGACUAGCUAGACUUUACCCCCACAUACAUACUUACUGCCUGUAUGAUUGAUCUGGUUUUACUAGCGAGGGGCUGCAGCCACAAAUUUUGGAUCUGGAUGCAAAGAUCGGGAGUAUUUGGAUCCAGUGUUCUGGUUCAGCCCAUUAUGAACAGCGAGCCAUUUGCAAAAUUGGGAUCCAGCCCACAUCUCAAACCCCUGCAGAAUUCCUAGAUGCUCGGGUCCUGGCCUCGCUCCAGAUUUAUUUCUGACCAAAGCAUGGGCCUACAAGAGGAUGUGCUCCAACUGCCAGAGCCCCUCCAGCAUGAACGCAAAGCCCCAUGCUGCCACACAGGGGGUGAUGUUUGUAUCCACGUGAGUUUGUAUAGCUCAGCAUAAACCCAGGGAGCUGUUGUUUUAAUUCAUGCCUGGAUUUGCAGAACUAAAACCCUGUCGCCCUUUGUAUUUCAAGCCUUUGUGUUUAUCAGUAUUGGUGUUUGUUUUUCUUCGGCGCCCUGAGAAGCCAUUUGUAGGGGUGAGUAUAACCCGAGGCCUGGUCUCCGCUGGGUACUUGCAGAGCCCAGUUUACUCAGUCUACAACUGCCUGCUUUGGGGCUUCCUCCCCUUCUUGCUGAACAGCAGAGAAUUGCCCCAUAAGGGGGAGGGGCUGGGGCUGCACAGCUGGCUGCUUUCCCCGCCAAUGUGGGGUGUAGCCCUGAGCUGGCCUCAUGGCUGCACUCGCUGGAUGGGGGGAAAUGCUGGAAGGUAGCUAGAUCGUGGGUUUCAGCCCCAGCCGUGGCUCCAGGAGGCGAAGGAACCUGGGCCAAGCAAGCCAGCAGCAGAAGGCAUUAGCCUCUCAUUGUAAAUUACUUGUAACGUUCUCGAAGAAUAAAUCGUUCAUUCAGAAACUC